AUGAGGUGCUACAAGGCACGAAGGAACAAGAAGGGUAAAGGUGUUGCGCCUGUCGUUCCGGAACGAAAGAGAGGUAUCAUUGUCAAGACGGAAUGCCCUGUCCGGUGUAAGCUGAACGUAGAUGGAGCACGGUGGGUGGUCACUGAAUAUUUUGACGAGCAUAACCACGAACUCAUAAAGAAGUUUGACCUGGUAAAAUUUCUGACCGCCCACAGAGGAUUCACCCCCCUCGAGAAGAAAUUCAUAAAGCUGCUACAUGAUUGUAACGUCGGUCCAUCAAGAAUGGUCCAGAUACUAUCCCUCAUCCACAGCAAAAAUGGGACUCUGAGUAGCAUGCCCUACAUAUCAACAGACGUCACAAAACUAAAGGCAAAGUACCAUAGAGAGAGCAGGUUGGCUGACAUAGAAGCCACGAUAGCCUACUUCGAUGAGAAAGCGAAGGAAGAUCCAGAUUUCUUCUACAGGAUAAGAUUGGACGAUGAGGACCGUGUCAGGAACAUAUAUUGGGUGGAUGGUGCUGCAAGAAGAGCCUGCAAACAUUUCCAGGAUUGCAUUUCGUUCGACGCGACAUAUCUCACUAAUAUGUACAAGAUGCCAUGUGGUCCAUUCAUAGGAGUAAAUAACCACAAUCAGUCAUUGCAGUUCGGAUGCGGGCUCGUUCGGAACGAAGACACAGAUGGGUACACUUGGUUGUUCAAGACUUCUUGGAGUGCAUGGGUGGACUUGCUCCGAUGA